GAGAGGGUGGCCGCCCGGAGCCGUCAUGGCAGCUGAGGAGAAGGACCCGUUGAGCUAUUUCGCGGCUUACGGGAGCAGCAGCUCCGACUCGUCGGGCGAGGAGGCCAGCGAGCCGGAAGACGCGGGUCGCAAGGAGGCGGCCCCGGCGGCUCCGACGGGCGGCCGCGGGAAGCAGGCGGAGAAGCGGCUGCCGGGCCCCGACGAGCUGUUCCGCAGCGUGACCCGCCCGGCCUUCCUCUACAACCCGCUCAACAAGCAGAUCGACUGGGAGCGGCACGUGGUGAAGGCGCCCGAGGAGCCUCCAAAGGAAUUCAAAGUCUGGAAGUCCAACUAUGUACCACCGCCAGAGACCUAUACUACCGAAAAGAAACCGCCGCCACCAGAGCUGGACAUGGCGAUAAAAUGGUCGAACAUCUAUGAGGACAAUGGUGAUGAUGCCCCACAGAACGCUAAGAAAGCCAGGCUUCUGCCAGAAGGAGAGGAGACAGUGGAAUCAGAUGAUGACAGAGACGAGCGUGCAUCUAAAACACGCAGAAUAGAGUCAGGAGAAGCAGCCAGGAAGAAGAAGUAGAGAAGUGGGGGCAAGAACACCCAGCUGCUGAGCUCCUGAGACAUGUCUUCGUGCAGAACGUUUUCAAUUGUGUGUUAUGACAGACAUCUCCAUGAAAGUAUUUACAUUAACGAACUAACAAGUGUUGCCUCAAGACUUUCCACUGUAGAAUUCACUUUUUUUAUUUAAAACCUGUAUGUAUUUGCAACUCUAAUGGUGACCUUGAUUGUGAACUGACAGUACUUAGAAGCACUCUGGCUAUCACAAAAUUGGUGACGGGCUUUGAGAGUUUUGUCAUGUGGACAUGCCAGUGUUCUAUGAACCUUUUAUAAAGGAAUAUAUUUUUAAAGUAAAUGUACUGUGAACUUGUGGGUGCUUUUCAUUAGUGUAUGUACAGUGUAAAUAGAUGAUCAUGGAAAUAAAAUUACUUAAUUCAA